AUGGUCUCCACUGUGGCCGCGCACCUUUUCUUCUUCCUCAUCAGUGCCUUGUUUUCCUCUGUUUUCCUUUAUUUUUUUAACUUGGCCUCCACUCUUUCACUUUCUUUAUACCUCUCUCCUGGCAACCUUUCAUUUUCUUUCAUUUGUUUUGCAGUGAACCUGAUCCCCACCACCCCCAUAGUGGAGGAGCGACCCUUCCAGGCUGCAGAUGGAGGUGUUGUCGUGGCUCUGGGGAAGAGCAGAAAGAGAGUGUUCCCGGUGCCUCACACCCAGGAACCCAACCCCAUAUCUGAGGCUUACGGCUAUUGCAACACUCCCAACCGCACCGAACAGGCCUGGGAGGGUCACAGUCCUGCUGACUACAAGCUGCUGUCUGUCCAGGUGAUGAUUCGCCAUGGUGACCGCUACCCACUCUACUCCAUCCCCAAGACCAAACGGCCCGCCAUCGACUGCACCUUGUCCAUCAGCAGGAAGCCUUCCCACCCCCUGCUGAACUCCUUCAUCAGCCACAUGGGCCUGGGAGGGCGUGGCCAUUGGGAGUCACCACUGAGCUCUGUUCCCCGUCUGCCCAACCACAGUGUCUGUGAGAUGGGAGAACUCACGCAGACAGAUCGCAUGGCGUUCUGCCGCGGUGGCACCCAUGUCCACGUCAAGGCUGCUGCGAGCCGGCAGAUGGUGGAGGGAUGUUUUGGGCUGGAAUCAUGGGAAGUGAGGGCCUAG